AUGAGCCGCCCGGCCGCCCUCCUGGCCGUGGCCGUGGCCCUGGCCGCCCUCCUCGCUCCGGGGGCGGGGAGGCCCGUCGCCCGGCAGGGCUCCCGGCACAAGCUGCUCCUGGUGUCCUUCGACGGCUUCCGCUGGGACUAUGACCAGGACGUGGACACCCCCAACCUGGACGCCAUGGCGCUGGACGGCGUGAAGGCGCGCUACAUGACCCCCGCCUUCGUCACCAUGACCAGCCCCUGCCACUUCACCCUGGUCACCGGCAAGUACAUCGAGAACCACGGCGUGGUGCACAACAUGUUCUACAACACCAGCAGCAAGCUCAAGCUGCCCUACCACGCCACGCUGGGCGUGCAGCGCUGGUGGGACAACGGCAGCGUGCCCAUCUGGAUCACCGCCCAGAGGCAGGGCCUGAAGGCCGGCUCCUUCUUCUUCCCCGGCGGCAACGUCACCUACCAAGGCACGGCCGUGACGCUGAGCCGCAAGGAGGGCGCCCUGCACAACUACAAGGACGAGGCGGAGUGGAGGGCCAACGUGGACACGGUGAUGCGCUGGCUCACGCAGGAGGGCCUGGACCUGGUCACGCUCUACUUCGGGGAGCCCGACUCCACGGGCCACAGGUUCGGGCCCGAGUCCCCGGAGAGGAAGGCCAUGGUGCGGCAGGUGGACCGGACGGUGGGCUACCUGCGCGACAGCAUCCGGCGCAGCGGCCUGGAGCGCAGCCUCAACCUCGUGGUCACGUCCGACCACGGCAUGAGCACCGUGCAAAAGGCCGGCGACCUGGUGGAGCUCCACCGGUUCCCCAACUUCACCUUCAAGGACGUCGAGUUCGAGCUGCUGGACUACGGCCCCAACGGGAUGCUGCUCCCCAAGGAGGGGCGGCUGGAGCAGGUGUACGCGGCGCUCAGGGACGCGCACCCCCGGCUGCACGUGUACAAGAAGGAGGCCUUCCCCAAGUCCUUCCGCUACGCCGGCCACCCCCGGGUCACGCCGCUGCUCAUGUACAGCGACCCGGGCUACGUCAUUCACGGGAGGCUGAACGUGCAGUUCAACAACGGGGAGCACGGCUUCGACAACGGGGUGCUGGACAUGAAGACCAUCUUCCGGGCCGUGGGCCCCAGCUUCCGGCGGGGCCUGGAGGUGGAGCCCUUCGAGAGCGUCCACGUGUACGAGCUCCUGUGCAAGCUGCUGGGCAUCGUGCCCGAGGCCAACGACGGGGACCCCAGCGUCCUGCUGCCCACGCUCACGUCCGAGGCCGUCGGGGGCCCCAGCACCCCAUCGACCACGCUCACGUCCGAGGCCGUCGGGGGCCCCAGCACCCCAUCGACCACAACCCACUCAGGGUCUGCCCCCCUGCCUGGCGGCUGCCCCCCCUUGAUGACAGGCCUGCUGGUGGCUGCAGUUCUCCUGGCCAAGGUCGCAUAG